ACAGGACAGACCAAGAAAGAGGAGGAAAGCAAGAUGAAUGACGUGAAGCUUACUGUUUUGGGAAGUGAAGGAACAGGGAAAUCUGCCCUUAUAGUAAGAUUUCUUACCAAGCGCUUCAUUGGAGAAUAUGCUUCUAAUUUUGAAUCUAUCUAUAACAAGCAUUUGUUUUUGGAAGGGAAGCAGUUGAAUCUGGAAAUAUAUGACCCUUGUUCUCAGCCACAGAAAGCGAAAUUUUCCCUCACGAGUGAGCUGCAUUGGGCAGACGGGUUUGUUAUUGUGUAUGACAUCAGUGACAGGUCUUCUUUUGCAUUCGCAAAAACACUAAUCUACAGAAUUCGGGAGCCACAGACAAGUCAUCGUAAAAGAGCUGUGGAGUCAGCAGUGCUUCUGGUGGGUAACAAGCAAGAUCUCUGUCAUGUGCGAGAGGUUGGCUGGAUAGAAGGGCACAGACUGGCACUGGAGAACCGCUGCCAGUUCUGUGAACUCUCUGCAGCAGAGCAAUCUCUGGAGGUGGAAAUGAUGUUCAUCAGAAUUAUCAGGGACGUCCUGACAAACCUCAAACUCAAAGAAAAGAGAAGAUACAGUGGAUCUAAAUCCAUGGCCAAGCUGAUCAAUAAUGUAUUUGGAAAGAGAAGGAAGUCUGUUUAGUAAACAUGUGAUCCUGGGGGAUUUAUUAUAUCAGAGGGUUGCAAACAUUUGUAUGGUAAUUAAAUUUACCUUUUGUGUGCAACUAAAACAUUCUCUUAGAGAUAUGAAAUAAUUAACCAUGAACCACAACUGUGUUUUCAAAUAUAUAGUUUGCCUUUUCGGUUGUUUGUAUCUUAUACAUUUUGCUUCACACUUAACAUUUUCUCUAUACACAGACUAAUAUUAGUAUAAUCUAAUGGUGGAUUACUGUACAGUUUACCUUGCCAAAUAAACCCUGCUUAUGUAAUUUUCUUAAACUACCAUUCUUUAGGGCUCAGUUAAGUUCAGUUCAGUCGCUCAGUUGUGUCCGACUCUUUGCGACCCC